AUGCAUGAACGUGUGCACACUGGAGAGAAACCAUACAAGUGUGAAGAGUGUGGCAAAGCUUAUACUAUGAAGACCCACCUUAAAAUUCAUCAGAGAGUUCACACUGGAGAGAAACCGUACUGGUGUGAACAGUGUGGGAAAAGGUUCACUAAAUCACAUCACUUAAAAAUCCACCACCGUGUUCACACUGGAGAGAGACCAUACUGGUGUGAACAGUGUGGGAAAAGGUUCACUAAAUCACAUCACUUAAAAAUCCACCAACGUGUUCACACUGGAGAGAAACCGUACAGCUGUGAACAGUGUGGGAAAAGGUUCACUGAAUCGCGUAACUUAAAACUCCACCAACGUGUUCACACUGGAGAGAAACCGUACAGCUGUGAACAGUGUGGGAAAACUUUCACUCAAUCAGGUGAACGUCAAAUCCACCAACGUGUUCACACUGGAGAGAAACCAUACUGGUGUGAACAGUGUGGAAAAACUUUCACUCAAUCAGCUCACCUAAAAAUCCACCAACGUGUUCACACUGGAGAGAAACCGUACUGGUGUGAACAAUGUGGGAAAACUUUCACUCAAUCAGCUCACCUAAAAACCCACCAACAAGUUCACACUGGAGAGAAACCGUACAGUUGUGGCCAAUGUGGCAAAUCUUAUACCAACAGGAGUCACCUAAAAAUCCACCAACGUGUUCACACUGGAGAGAAACCGUACAGCUGUGAGCAGUGUGGGAAAACUUUCGCUGUGUCAGGUCACCUAAAAAUCCACCGACGUGUUCACACUGGAGAGAAACCGUACUGGUGUGAACAGUGUGGGAAGACUUUCGCUGCACCAGGUUACCUAAAAAUCCACCAACGUGUUCACACUGGAGAGAAACCGUACAGCUGUGACCAAUGUGGGAAAACUUUCACUACAUCAGGACAACUAAAAAUGCAUCAACGUGUUCACGCUGGAGAGAAACCAUAUAGCUGUGAGCAGUGUGGGAAAAGUUUCACUACAUCAGGACAACUAAAAAUCCACCAACGUGUUCACACUGGAGAGAAACCGUACAGCUGUGAACAGUGUGGGAAAACUUUCAUUACAUCAGAUCAACUAAAAAUCCACCAACGUGUUCACACUGGAGAGAAACCGUACAGCUGUGAACAGUGUGGGAAAACCUUCUCAAGAUCUGGAUAUUUGAAGAUUCAUCAGAGAGUUCACACUGGAGAGAAACCGUACAGCUGUGAACAGUGUGGGAAAACGUUCACUAAAUCACAUCACUAAAAAUCCACCAACGUGUUCACACUGGAGAGACCGUACAGCUGUGAACAGUGUGGGAAAACUUUCAUUACAUCAGAUCAACUAAAAAUCCACCAACGUGUUCACACUGGAGAGAAACCGUACUGGUGUGAACAGUGUGGGAAAACUUUCGCUCAAUCAAGUAGCCUAAAAAUCCACCAACGUGUUCACACUGGAGAGAAACUGCACAGCUGUGAACAGUGUGGGAAAACUUUCGCUCAAUCAAGUAGCCUAAAAACCCACCAACGUGUUCACACUGGAGAGAAACCGUACUGGUGUGAACAAUGUGGGAAAACUUUCACUCAAUCAGCUCACCUAAAAACCCACCAACGAGUUCACACUGGAGAGAAACCGUACAGCUGUGGCCAAUGUGGCAAAUCUUUCUGCUUCAUUUUCACCAUCAUUAUUCAUCUGAGAGUUCACACUGGAGAGAAACUGUACAGCUGUGACCUAUGUGGGAAAACUUUCACUGAAUCACGUCACUUAAAAAUCCACCACCGUAUUCACACUGGAGAGAAACCGUACAGCUGUGAACAGUGUGGAAAAACUUUUGCUCAAUCAAGUAACCUAAAACUCCACCAACGUGUUCACACUGAAGAGAAACCGUACAGGUGUGAACAGUGUGGGAAAUCUUUCGCUCAAUCAAGUGACCUAAAAGUCCACAACCGUGUUCACACUGGAGAGAAAUUGUACAGCUGUGACGAAUGUGGGAAAGCUUUCAUUACAUCAAGAAAACUUCAAGUCCACCAACGUGUUCACACUGGAGAGAAACCGCACUGGUGUGAACAUUGUGGAAAAACUUUUACUCAGUCAAGUCACCUUAAAAUCCACCAACAUGUUCACACUGGAGAGAAACCGUACUGGUGUGAACAGUGUGGAAAAACGUUCACUACAUCAAGUCACCUAAAAAUCCACCAACGUGUUCACACUGGAGAGAAUAUGCACAGCUGUGAACAAUGUGGUAAAGCUUUCACUACAUCAAGUGAACUUCAAAAGCACCAACGUGUUCACACUGGAGAGAAACCGUACUGGUGUGAACAAUGUGGGAAAACUUUCGCUCAAUCAGGUAACCUGAAACUCCACCAACGUGUUCACACUGGAGAGAAACCGUACUGGUGUGAACAGUGUGGGAAAACUUUCACUCAAUCAGGUGCCCUAAAAAUCCACCAACGUGUUCACACUGCAGUGACAUCGUAAAGCUCUGGCCAAUGUGGCAAAUCUUAUUCCAAAAGGAGAUCCCUUACAAUACAACCACCUGUUAUCAUGUGACUGUGUUGGACUGACGUCAUUUGAUGACAGCUGACGAAGUUCUAGGGCCUUUCUCGUUUCCCAAAUUUGGGCCUCCUUGAUCCCCGAGCCUGUGACCCAGAAAUCGAUCUCAGCGUUGCAUCUUGAAAGACAUCUCAAUUCCUAAAAUGUACAUCGAGGAUCGAGGAGGCUUGCUGGAGGAGCUAUUAGCGAGGGUAGAUUGAUGUAUCCUAUCGGUUAUUUCUCUGUAGUGAAUGAUUAGGUUACGAUCUGACUGUUUUCAACAGAUGCUAUAAUGAUUAUUGGAACCUUGAGAUGUUUCAAUGCGUUAUAAUGUUGACAGACACGUUACUGGAUAGUGAAGAUAUGAUCUGUAGCCUUUAAUGCUGCUCUUUCUAGUAUGUAUUGUCAGUUGUAGAUCUCGUGCUGUAUUUGAUGCUCUGUUGAUGCGUGUAUGUUGUUCCUCAAAUGUAAGUCGCUUUGGAUUAAAGCGUCUGCCAAAUGAGUAAAUGUAGUGCAAAGAGUUGGUCUUCUUAUCUGACAGAGAUCACAGCUCAACCAGUGGACAGAUGAUGCAGCUGUCAUUUUGUUAAAUGCCUGUUUCCUCGACUCCUCUCCUUGUGUUUCCUCCUCUAUUCCUCGAGCUUGCAUCUAGGAUGGGAUGGACUUGGACACGCCGCGAGGAGUCGAGGAUCGAGAUGGCACAAAUUUGGGAAAUGAGAAAAGCCCCUAGAAAGCGGAAGCUCUUCUUUGAAGCAGAACAAACCUCUCAAAGUGGCUCCUGCACCAACCCAUGCACCAUCUCUUCUGCUUGUUGUUUGUACUGUUUGCAACAGUUAAUGUGUCCUUGUUGUUAAUGUAUAAAUAUAAUGUAAAUAUAUCAGUCUGAGGGAAGCUGAUCCAGUCACUUCCUGUUCUGCCUCACCUGAUUGAAUCCACCUGAUCAUGACAAUGACGACAUUGAUGAUUUAGACCAAACUGCUUAAAUUAAAUAUGUUUUGAUCUCUUAGCUUGCUCACUACUCAAGAAUGUCUCUGUUCUACCAUUUAUUUUGUCUACUAAUGAUGUGUCUGCUUAAACAGUAAGAUGAGAGCAUUCAUUGAUGAACUGACAAUUUGUUAUAAACUUAAUGUGACCAUGUGACGGCCGAAGGGGGAACUGUAAUAGAAACAUUGACAUUUAUUCAUUUAAUUGAUGCUUUCAUCCAAAGCGACUUACAAUUGCUAUAUAUGUCAGAGGUCACACGCCUCUGGAGCAACUAGGGGUUAAGUGUCUUGCUCAGGGAUAGUCUUAUCCAUUGCGCCAUCACCACCCCCAAAAAGAUUUUACCUGUCUGUACUUUUAUUAAUCCUCUAUAUGUCAUUACUUUAUGUUCUUUGCUCAUCUUAUGUGGUGUUAUAAUUUCCACUAAGUGUACCAGUGUUUUGAUAUAAUGACCUUCUGUGAGAUUGUUUUGUUUCAUGCUUUCCUGUGAGAAAGGAGUUUCCACUGUGGUUCAAGGCUGAGAAAGGCUUUUCUGUUGGACUCCACAAUUAUUCUCUAGCAUUAAAUGUCUUCUCUGUUUCUCUGGGUCAGACUCUCUAACAGCCCUCUGGUGUAUGAGCUCUGCCCUUCAGCUGAUUCACUCUGUUAUUCUUACUUUUAAUAAAGAUCACAAAGACAA